AUGUCGGAUCAUAAUUUACUUGAUGAUGAUGAUCCACUUGUUUCGUUUGAUCAACAACAACAAUCAUCAACAAUAAAAUCAAAACCAAAUGAUUCAUUUGAACAUCGUUUAUUAGAUGAUAUUGAUCCAUUUGGUAAUCAUAAUCGACAAGAUGAAAUAAAUCAUAAUGGAACAAAUAAUAAUGAUAAUAAAAAUUCAAAUUCAUUUUCAUUCACCAAUGAUCUUUUUCCAAUGGAUCCUAAUGAAAAUGACAUAAUUAGUCAUUCUAAAGUGCAUAAUAAUGACGAAUCGAAUGAUUCAUCAUUAUUAAAUUUUCAAUCUCAAUUAAAUGGUACUAUUGCAAACAAAAAUACACUUUUACUUGAACUUGAUCCUGAUGCUCCAAAUUCAAUAAAUCCUAUGAAUACAGAUACACCAUCACCAAAUGAUCCAUUUAAACAAUUUUCUAAUCAAUCAUCAACAUCACAACAAAAUAAUCAACUUGAUACACUUCUUGAUUUUGAUAGUUCAAAUAAUGAUACAAAUAAACAUGAACAAGAAACAAAUUUAACAAAUUUUAAUAAUCCAUUUUUUGAUAUUAAUCCAACAAAUACAAAUGAAAAUUUUAAUAUUUUUUCACAAUCAAAUGAAUCCGAACAACAAUUAUUACGUCAAGCAUCACAAGAACUUGAUGAUGCUGUACACGAAUUAAGUGACAAACUUGAUUUAAUUACUGCACCAUCACCACCAUUAACACCUGAUCAACAACAACAGCAACAACCUGUAGUUUCAACAAUUGAAGAACAUCAAUCUGCUAUUUCAACAAAAACAGAUUCAACUGUACCAACAACACCACCAGCAAAAAAACCUACAACUACUACAACACAACCAACAAGUGCAACUAAAACUAAACCAUCAUCAGCAACAAGUACUACAUCAAAAAGUACUGAACAUAAACCAGCUGUUGCUGCUACUGCAAAGAGUACAGAACAUAAACCUGUCGUUUCAACAACAAAAUCUACUGAAUCAAAACCAUCAACAACAGCAGCAACAACUCGUAAAACACUUCAACCAGGACCAAUAACAACUACAGCUGCUGCUAAUAAACCAAAAGUAACAUCUACAUCUGCAGCUCAAGAAUCAUCAACAGUACCAAAACCAACACGUGAUGUUCCAGCUAAACCUCAUUCAGCUACAACAAAACCAAAACCUACUGCUAGUUCAACAACAACAACUAAACCAGUAACAAAACCAAUUCGUCCUUCAACAGUUCCAAAAACUUCCGAUACAACAAUACUUUCUACGGCACCGGAAGGUAGUGCUUCAUCAUCAACAACUAAACCACAUAUACGAGCACCUCAACCAUCUAUAAAAACACCAACAAAAGCAACUUCUAGUACUGCUACUACUGCUGCUUCCUCGCAUGCAGCAUCAUCAACAGCUGCAUCUACUACUAGUAAACCAACAGUUACAAGACAACGACCAACAUCACAUACUCGAGCUACAGCUUCAAGACCAGCAACAGCAACUAGUGCAUCGACUACUAUUCCUCCAAAACGUUCGAGUAGUGCUACUCGUCCAUCAACAACUGAUGCAACAUCACGUCCAACACGUUCAACUGCAGUUGAAAGUGCUUCAGGAACAGCGAUUACAACUAAACCUCAAUGGAAUUCAACUACAUCAAAAGUUGGUUCACUUCAAAAUGCAACACAUAAAGCUGGAGGUGGUACUGUUAAGAUUCCAAAUCAAAAAUUACAUUGGAAUGCAAAAUCAAAAAUUGGUUCACUUGAAAAUGCACAUCAUAAACCAGGUGGUGGUACAGUUAAAAUUGAAAGUAAAAAACUUGAUUUUAAAGAAAAAGCUAAACCAAGAACGAAUAGUGGUAUACAUGAAACAAUGACAUCUGAUGAUGCUAAUGCAACAGUUAAUGAAGAACAUCAUAAAGAUGAUGAAACAUCAGAUAAUGUUUCUAAAACUGAAAAACAUGAUAACGGUGACAAAUAA